AGAGCCACACGAUCCUGAGCAAGGAGAUGCUUCUUCCUUCUCUUCAGUAGUGGGUUGAGACAAGCUGGCCCCUUCUGAGCUAAGGAAACAAUAUCCUUCAAGAGAAACCCACCAACAUCAGGAGUACAGUGUUCUAGAGAUCUCAGCAAGGAGGGCCAGACUAAGGUUUCUUCUGACUUGCUGCAACCUUCUGUAAUUCCAGGCUUGCCACCCCACGGUCGGGAGUCUAUCCUUCUGGGAGCAAAUCCAUCUUCCAUAUACCAGCUAAGCAUGUUUAACUACGAACGUCCAAAACACUUCAUCCAGUCCCAAAAUCCAUGUGGCUCUGGGCUGCAGCCUCCAGGACCGGAAGUCUCCAGCUUCCCUAACCAGACCAAACAGUCUUCCAUCGUCAUCCAGCCUCGCCAAUGCACAGAGCAGAGAUUUUCUGCUUCCUCCACAGUGAGCUCUCACAUCACCGUGUCUUCCUCUGCUUAUCCUGCUUCCCAGCAGCUGGCUGGCCCCAGCCCCGGCCAGAAGGUUACUGCUACCUAUAACCAGUCCCCAGCCAGCUUCCUCAGUUCUAUAUUACCGUCUCAGCCUGAUUACAGUAACAGUAAAAUCCCAUCCACUGUGGACUCCAACUAUCAACAAUCCUCAGUUCACCAACCUGUAAAUGCCGUGUCAUCCCAAGCUGCAGGUGCUAAGCCCACUCCAAGGACUCCUGACCACGAAAUCCAAGGAUCCAAAGAAGCAUUGAUUCAAGAUUUGGAAAGAAAGCUGAAAUGCAAAGACACCCUUCUUCAUAAUGGAAACCAAAGACUGACCUAUGAGGAGAAGAUGGCUCGCAGGUUGUUAGGACCGCAGAAUGCUGCUGCUGUGUUUCAAGCUCAAAACAGUGAUGUCCAAGAUUCAUCACAGCAUAACCCAGAACAUGCACGGCUGCAAGUUCCCACAUCACAAGUAAGAAGUAGAUCGUCCUCCAGAGCAGACGCAAAUGACCAGGAUGCCAUCCAGGAGAAGUUUUACCCACCACGCUUCAUUCAAGUGCCAGAAAAUAUGUCCAUCGAAGAAGGAAGAUUCUGCAGAAUGGACUUUAAAGUGAGUGGACUGCCAGCCCCUGAUGUGUCAUGGUAUCUAAACGGGAGACUGGUGCAAUCAGAUGAGUUGCACAAAAUGAUAGUGUCAGAGAAGGGUUUCCACUCCCUCAUCUUUGAAGUGGUCAGAGCAUCAGAUGCAGGGCCAUAUGCAUGUGUAGCCAGAAACAGAGCUGGAGAAGCCACCUUCACAGUGCAGCUGGAUGUUCUGGCAAAAGAGCACAAAAGAGCACCGAUGUUUAUCUACAAACCACAGAGCAAAAAGGUUUUUGAGGGAGAAUCAGUGAAGUUAGAGUGCCAGAUCUCAGCUAUCCCUCCACCAAAGCUUUUCUGGAAAAGAAACAACGAAAUGGUUCAGUUCAACACUGACCGGAUAAGCUUAUAUCAUGAUAACGCUGGAAGAGUAACUUUACUGAUAAAAGAUGUAAACAAGAAGGACGCUGGGUGGUAUACAGUGUCAGCAGUCAAUGAAGCUGGCGUGACCACGUGUAACACAAGAUUAGAUGUCACAGCCCGUCCAAACCAAACUCCCCCAGCUCCUAAGCAACUGCGUGUUCGACCAACUUUCAGCAAAUAUUUAGCCCUAAAUGGGAAAGGUUUGGAUGUGAAACAAGCUUUCAACCCUGAAGGAGAGUUUCAGCGUCUGGCAGCUCAAUCUGGACUCUAUGAAAGUGAAGAACUUUAAUAACUUUGCCCACAGGGAAAGCAGAGCUUCACUCCUCCAAUGGAUCUGAUAACAUUGUGAAAAAAAAAAUUCAUGGUUGUAUUAACAGAUUGUGACUUUACUUAGGUCAUAUAACUAACUCCCAUUUAGAAUGUUAUUCACCCUCUGACUCUGGCACAACGUGUCUAUUCCUCUGACCUGUGAAGCCGGCAGUAAACUAAGUAAAUGAGUUUGUAUUAUAAGAGACUGUUUUAAGAUACAGUGUCUUAACACUGAAGUCAUGCACAUUUAACAACUAUGAGUUAUGAACCAGAAACUUUUUAAAUGCCACUAAUGCUUGCAGUAAAGUGUAUGGGUAUUGCCUAACAGACUUUAUUUACCUGUUUUCUCUUAUAGGAAUACUAACAUGGUAUAGAUUAUCUGAGUGUUCCACAAUUUCAUGUCAAAAGAGAAUAAAAUUCAAGUAGUUAAGACA